AUGGUUAUACGUAUUAACGUAGGUAUAAUUAGAACUGUUUUUAUUUCAAUAGUUGUGAACAAUGUUAUUAGGAUAGCAGCAACAGAUUUAUCCGCGGACGACGGUCAACUAUUUAACAAUGAUGAAGAAGCUGUGGAUAGUCAAAACCAAUAUAAUAAUGAACAGCCGAAAUUCAAAGUACAAGAAACCAUUGUAAAACAGAAAGAUGAUUAUGACAAAGAAGAAGAUAUUAAAGCUUUGUUAGAAGAGAAGUAUAAGUUUAAGAAUGAUGAGACGUCCACGAGGUUUAAGGUGACAAAAGAGGAGAGAGGACAAUUUCCAGUCUUUCCUGAGAAUCACGAUGAACGCCACAUAGCUUGGGCAUUCCGGUCGUAUGCAGUGCGUCGUAUCGUGGGUGGCAUGGAGACCAGCGUCAGUAUGUACCCGUACAACGUGGCCAUCUCCAGGAAUGCUAAGCACUGGUGUGGAGGCUCCAUCAUUGAUGAGCAGUGGGUGCUCACUGCUGGGCACUGUUUGGAAUCAGCCUUUGAUGGCGACAAGAGAAAGCUGCAGCCGUUUAUCAUCAGAGCUGGCAGCUCCUUCCACAACCGUGGAGGAUACCAAGCACGGGUCAAUAAGGUGUUCUUCCCUCACGAAUAUGUGCCGGGAAAUGCAGACUACGACUACUCCUUACUUCGCUUAGACCGGCCCAUGCCCAUUGGACGGAACAUUGCAGUCCUGAAUCUGCCUUCCAAGGACUACAUGAUGAAAGAGAGUGACAUCCUCAUCGUCACAGGUUGGGGGAGUACAGAUGAAUCCGGUUACGGUCACAUUCCGGACCGGUUACGGUUCGUCCCGGUGCCAGUGAUGCGGCUGGAGGACUGUCAGAAAUCGUACCGGUUCUACAUCACGCCGCGGAUGCUGUGUGCUGGAUACGCUACCGGAGGGAAAGACGCUUGCAAUCAUGACUCCGGUGGUCCAGCAGUGAGAGACGGUGUGCUCCUCGGCAUUGUCUCCUUCGGUGGCAAGCAGUGUGGUGACCCCCGUUCCCCAGGAGUCUACAGCCGAGUGUCCGAGAUCACCGAGUGGGUGGAAGACACCAUCACCAAUAACGAAGCCAACACAGUACCUGAACUGUUGCCCAAGAUACAGAAAGCUAGGCAAAGGGAAAAGGAAUUGCAGAAAUUCAAAGCAAGAGUAGAAGAUAAGAAAAACAAAAUCAAAACAUGGCUGCGUGAGACUCUCAAGUCGCCAACAUUCAUAGAACUAGCCAAAAAGAAACUGAAAGAAGCUGGUUUCCAUACGAGAAGGACGAAUGAUUAUGAGACGUUAAAUGUGAGUAAUCUUGAUGAUAAAAUGAUAGAUGAAAUAAACCUUACAAAUAUGAUUAAUGAUAGAAUAAUAGACAAUGGUGACGGCUGUGAGACGGAUAAAUUAUUAAGAACAUUAGCUUUGCACGAAGUUAUGUUGAAUGAUAGGAGCACGGAGAUGUUUGCCCACAGGACAAAUCCAGAAGAUGACAGUGACAGUACGGAGAGCUUUAUAGCUUAUAUUAGUGGAAAUAGAUGA